AUGCUCGAUAUUCAUUAUUUUCUUGUUGAGAAGGGGGGAGAUCCUGGAUUGAUCAAAAAGUCCCAAAAAAAACGGGGGAAUUCCGUUGAAGUUGUCGAUCAUAUUAUUGCUUUAUAUAAGGAAUGGACAAUAGAGAGAUUUAAUCUUGACGCUCUUAAUAGGGAUAUGAAUAUUAUUCAGAAGGAAAUUUCAGCUAAAAUCAAGUUAAAAGAAGAUAUAUCAUCUCUUUUAUCAAGAAAAAAGGAUGUUGAGGAGAAAAGGAAGCAUACUGAGGCAUUGGAGGUAGAAAAACUGUGUACUUUAAAGCAAAAGUUAAAUACAGUUGGAAAUAUUGUACAUGACUCAGUUCCUGUGAGCAAAAAUGAGGAAGAUAAUGAAGUGUUACGUACAUGGGAACCGGAAGGGACAGUUGAAAAAAAGAAUUGUUUAUCACAUCAUGAACUUUUAACGAGGUUAGAUGGUUAUGAUCCUGGAAGAGGUGUAAAAAUAGUGGGUCAUCGAGGAUAUUUUCUGAAAAAUUAUGGAGUCCUUCUUAGCCAAGCAUUGAUUAAUUAUUCUUUAAAAUUUCUUAUAGAAAGAGGAUAUACUGUUUUGCAGACGCCACAGAUGAUGAACAAGGAUAUAAUGGCUAAAACAGCUGAACUUAGUGAUUUUGAUGAUCAGCUUUAUAAGGUGAUAGAUGGAAACGACGAAAAAUAUCUUAUUGCAACAUCUGAACAGCCUAUUUCUGCUUUUCAUUCUGGCGAGUUGUUUGAGAAUCCUUCUGAACAACUUCCAAUAAGAUAUGCGGGAAUUAGCACUUGUUAUAGAAGAGAAUCAGGCGCUCAUGGAAAGGAUACUUGGGGAAUCUUUAGAGUUCAUCAAUUUGAAAAAGUUGAACAAUUUUUGAUUACUUCUCCAGAAUCUUCUUGGGUUUUAUUUGAAGAGAUGAUUAAUAUUGCAGAAGAAUUUUAUAAAUCUUUGCGUAUUCCUUAUAGAAUUGUUUCCAUUGUUUCUGGCGCUUUAAAUAAUGCCGCUUCAAAAAAAUAUGAUUUGGAAGCAUGGUUUCCAUUUCAAGGCGAAUAUAAGGAAUUGGUGAGUUGUUCAAAUUGUACAGAUUAUCAAUCUAGAAAUCUUGAAAUUCGAUAUGGAAUUAAGCGUUCAGGAGAUAGAGAAAAGAAAUAUGUACACUGUUUAAAUUCUACUUUAUGUGCAGUAACAAGAGCAUUAUGUUGUAUAUUGGAAAAUUUUCAAACUUCGGAUGGCAUAAAUAUUCCUGAACCUUUACAAACUUAUAUGGGAGGGAAAACUUUUAUUCCUUUUGUUAAAGAUUUGCCUAAUAAUAAAAUGUGUCAAAAAGAGAAGGUUUAA